AUGGAAUUCCGCAAACUCGAUCCCCGCCGAAAGAGCCCGUUUUACGAGCAGCAAGAUGUGUCGGAGCGGCUUGACACUCUGCAGGGCACAGUUGCGAUCCUGAGGCAACGGCAGGAGCAUCAGGCGGGGCAGUGGCGUGCUGUGUGCGAAGAGCAGCGACAGCACUGCGCCGACCUGGCGUCUAUAUACCAACAGCUGCAGGAUCUGCUCCUCGCAGGCGGAGACGGGGAGGCGAGACAGCGGAGCGGCAGCAGUGCGGGGGGGCCACCGCAAGAGUCGUUGCGAGGUGAAGUCUGUGAGUUGCUGCGUAACUUCAAAGAUCACAUCGAGCAGCACACGACGGAGACAAACCAGCGUCUAGACAACAUGCAGCGCUCCCUGGAGGAGAUGGAAGUGAGGGCGGAAAAUGACAAUCGCUGCGUUGCACGUCAAGAGGAGCGCCUGACGCGGCUCGAGGAGCAGCAGAGGGAAAUGCUGCGGCGGUUGUCCUCUGCCUCAACGCGGGACGAUCUUGAGCGGCUCCGCGCCACGGUGUCGCAACAGCUGCACUCCCAGCGAGAGGAUGCCGCGGCUUCCACACAGCGUUACCUGGGGAACGUUGAUGCACAGCUCACCGCGCAGGAAGCUCACUACCGUGAGGAGCAUAGGUGCCUUCAACGAGAGACGCAGCAAUCCAUAGAGCAGGCCAUGCAGCGGCUGCAAGGCCAACUAGAUUCCUUUUCUGGCGAACUUCAGACGCAAGCGUCAGAUAUAGAAGUUAGGGCCUCAAACAUGGAAGAGCGGACGAGGGGCGAGGUGCGGGAGAUGCUAACGGCGCACGUGGCAAAGACAUGUGAACAGGUUGAAGAGGUGCACCGUGAAUUGACCGGCAAACAUCAGCGGCUUGUCGAAGACACGAUGAACGCGUUGGGGAAGAUGGCUAAUUUGGCUGAAGAAUUACCGCGGAAAGUGUUUUUGCUGCAGGAAGAUGUCGCCAACAUUCAUGGCGCUCUCGAUCGCCACGGAGAGGCACUGAAUGAGCAGUGUCUGCAGGGUUCGCUGCAGGGUGCGUUUGACGAGGUGAAGGACUGGCUGCAGGACCUCGAGCGGCGUGCGUUGGGACGUGGGGAGUUUGACGAGUCGAUGGCGGGGAUUGACGACAAACUCGCCGCACUAAAAAAAGAGUUUAUCCUCCGCAGCCUGGCUGAACGCACCACGGAGCAUGGAAUAAAUGUUGAGGGUGAUGGCUCUUUAUCCACUGCCGCUGGUGGCGGAGGUGGUGAUGCUGCUGAUUAA